AUGUACGAUGGCUAUCAAAAGGCAACUGUCUGGAAAGGUUUGUAUGAUACUUUGUUGGACUUUGGUAAAGAUCGUGAGGGCUUCCAGUUCAUGAAAUCCAAUGAAGCCAAGGCCUUCAUUUCAUAUCUUGCUGAUAUUUUUGGUAAAUUAAAUGCAUUAAAUAAGGAACUGCAAGGUGAACAGAAGACUCUCAUGGAUUGCAAAACCAAAAUGUUUGGUUUUAUCAGUAAACUGGGUUUUUUGAAGGCCCAGGUCUUGAGAAAUAACCUCUCUCACUUCCCACAUCUCAGUAAAUGUGAUCCAUCACAAAAUGUCUUACAAAUAAUCUCAGAACACCUCUCCAACCUCCAUGAUGACCUGAGCGACAGAUUCAUUGAUCUGAAGCAGAUGAACUUCCCUUCUUGGAUUGCUCAGCCAUUUCUCUUUAACUGGGAAAACAAUGACUGCCUGGCUAGAAUGGAGUCUGAUCAGAUCGACGAGCUAAUGGACAUGUAA